GAAGUGCAGAUGGAACCCAUCAUGUUCGACGCCCUGAAGGACCCGAGGAAAGGCAGACAACGCUGCAAGAACCAGGGGAGGGAGAUGCUUCCGUCAGCUCAUCUACCAAUCAGAGCAACUAUGGACUACGUGAAGAGUAAGCCCAUAGCAAAAGCCAACAGUAAGCCGCAGCUUACAGCUAGAACUAGCCUACUGCAACCAAUACUAAUAUACAGUACAAAGGUGAAAAUAAAAUUCUGUCUCUUUGACAGAUUUGACUAAUAACAUAAUCAUUGAAGUUUUGACUGACUUAUUGAUUGAUUGACUGAUUGUAUUACUGAUAAGUUUAUCAACUGACUGAUUGAUUCUUUAAUUGAUUGGCUGUUGUAUUUGUAUUGUUCCAGAAGGGGAGCUGAGAGCAGCUAUGAUCCAUUGGGACGAGGCGCAGGGCCACCUGAAGAAGAUGCGUUACCAUGACGGCCGUCUCCUGGUGGACGAACCAGGCCUGUACUCCGUCUACGCCAAGACCUGUUUCCGCUACUACGACCUGGGACCUGAGACAGAGCCCGGCGGUGCCCCUGAACACGCCAUCGCCACGCCCCAGGCCGUGGACGUAAGCAACGCCCAGCUCAUCCAGUACAUCUCCCACGAGAAACACACAUCCCUGCCCAGCAAGUCUGUGGUGCUGAUGAAGACAGGCAGCACCAUGCACUGGAAUAACUCUCAGUAUAACAUGUACUGUGCCCAGCAGGGCAGGGGGGUGAUGCUACAGCAAGGGGAUGGACUGUUUGUUAAUGUGUCCAAUGCCUGGAUGCUGGAUCCUGAACCAGAGGGGACGUACUUUGGGGCGAUCAAGAUAGGGAACUGA